UUGAAAAGGAUUUAAAAGGUAACCUUUAAAAGUGUUUCUGUUUUAGAAAUGUCUUGCACACUUAGAAAUUAUUUUCAUGCUAUCUCGUGUGAAGCCAUCAGCCUUGGAGAAAAGCCCAGAUAAAACUUAUUUCAAGUUACGCACAUGAAAAAAUGUGUUGCGUAACACUUCAAUAAAAUGAAUACCGACUACUGUUAUACAGUAGUCUCAAUCUACACAUCUGCUUAAUAUGAUAUGGGGUUUUUUUCCACGGAAAUCAAAUUUACUCAGCCCUUCUGCAUUUGUUUCUACAGGGAAAGGAAGAGCAUAGCAUCAAAGGUUUCCAAUGUCAAAUCCCAACAAUAUUGAUCCUACUCGGAAUACAUAUGAAUAUGAUAAUCCUGACUAUAUCUAUCAGGAUACGUUUCCUAGCUAUGAUGAUGGCAAACCUGUCAAUGAUAGUUACCAAAUUCCAGCAAAAAUAAUACCACUGGAAAACCAAUCCAAAUAUGUGUUUAUUGUGUCAUACUCUGCCAUUUUACUUCUUGGCAUCACACUGAAUGGGUUGGUCAUCUGCAUGGUGAGUUGCAAGAUGAAGAAGACACCAAGUGCCAUUUGGUUCCUCUGCUUGGCGGUCACUGACUUCCUAUUCUGUCUUUUUCUGCCCUUCACUAUCAUCUAUGCAUUGUAUGACUUCGACUGGUUCUUCGGACUGUUUCUGUGCAAGAUGAAUUCCUACAUAAUGUUCUUCAACAUGUUCUCCAGUGCCUUCUUCUUGGUCAUCAUCAGAAUUAACCACGGUAUUUACACCGGCUUUGCCUGUGCUCAGAACUGCUGCACCACAAACGUAGCUCGAAAUGUGGCCUUGCUUACCUGGUUUGUCUCUGCAAUCUUAAGCAUUCCAUCACUCGUGAUCCGCAAUACCUCUGUCGAGGAUGGGAAAACGAUUUGCUUUGACAAAUAUGACAUUUUCAACGAUACCUCAGCUCAGAGAACGAAUCAUCAGGUCGUGCUCUCAAGCAGGAUUUUGUGCAGUAUAGUGAUUCCUUAUUUAAUUAUAUGCACUGUUUCAUUUGUUAAAAGGAGCCGCUCCAAGGCGUAUAAGAUCACCCGCUUCAUAAUUGUUGCUUAUUUUAUCUGCUGGGUGCCCUACCAUGUGCUCAUGGCUCUAGCGUUAUACCCCGAGCAGUUCAAUAAAGAAGUAUUUGUUAUUGGCAUGGCCAUAGUCAACGUGCUUGCUGCUGCAAAUAGUUGCAUGAAUCCUGUCAUCUACAUUUGCAUGAGCCGGGACUGCAAGAUGUCGUGGAUGGAGAAUGCGUUUAGCAGAAAGUCAUUUAAGACAAGUCCCCAGCUAAGAAGGAUAAAUCCUGAACGUGAGAUAGUCUCAGAAACCAUUGCCUUGGAGAUUGCAGAAAGUCAGUGAACAUUUCUGUUGUAUCAGAA